GCGUGUGUGUGUGUGUGUGUGUGUGUCUGUGUGUGUGUGUGUGUGUGUGUGUCUUCUUCAUCUAUUUCUCUCUAUCUAUCUAUAUUAAAGGCUGAGGGCAACCCCCCACCUCACUAUACACCCACACUUGACACUUCUUAUCUCCAUCUCUCCAUCCCUUAUUCAAAACUCGCAGAACUCUGUUCACAAAAAUGUGACAUGCAAAUCAAUAUAGAGGAAAUGCACUGUUUUUAAAAGUUUACUAUGUCACGUAGUCUCUCUCUCACUUCGAAAGGUGAAAUGACGGUGAUGAUGCAUGCUGUAGGCAACGAUAUAAAAAGGAUGCAGCGGUCAGUUGGAUCAUACAAUCCUCAGGAUUUCUACCACUGAGUUACUGCUCUUGAUUUUCUUUAUAGCAUCACUUCAGCGUAACUUCAUCCAAAUGAAGACUUUGUCACUGUGGAUAAGUGGGCUUCUGUUCAUCAGUCUCAACGGAGCACAUGGACUCAACCACUUUCCAGAUAAUUUUGUGGUGGCAAAGAGGAAUGAUAAAAGUCCAGUCACUCUGACCUGUCGCACUGAGACCGAAGGAGCUGUCACGUGGAAGUUUCAUGUUCCAGAGAUGGAGGAUGUCCAGCAGAACGGUCUAAAGCUGUCCGAAGGAGCUGUGACAGGGAAGUUUCAUGUUCCAGAGAUGGAGGAUGUCGAUAUCGAGGGCAAUGUCAAGCAGAACGGUCUAAAGCUGUCCGUGUCAGAGGUAGAUACACCCAUGUUGGGAAAUUACAGCUGCUGGAGAGGAGAAGAUAUGUUGUCCUCAACCUAUCUGCUGCUGGAGGCUGAGGAGGAAGACGACUUUGAUUCUCUCUCUAUCAGCUGUCGGGCAAAGUCUUAUGACUGUAACUUCAGCUGUGAAUGGACCCACAGUGGACAAACAGGAGUGCGCCUUGGACUGGGACAUGACUGCCGUGAAGGUAGGAAGUUGUGUCAUUGGGUCAGCAGUGAUCAGCUUGUGGAUGGGAGAUUCCAGUUUGAGUUGCCCCACUCCCUCUCCCCCUACGCUGAGGAAACCACCAUGCUUGAACUCACCGCUGAAGCCAUCGUUAACCUCUCCUUCCUCAGGAGAACCAAGAGAUUUUAUCUCCGAGACAUCGUUCAACCCGAUUAUCCCAAGAUUGUCAAGUGUCAGGAGGGGAAUGAAAACCUGAACGUGACCAUUGAUGCUCCAUCCAGCUGGUCAACUCCUCACAGCUUCUUCAGUCUGGAGCACGAAAUUGAAUAUGUGUUAAAAGAUGAUGGCAAGACUGGACGUUCUUCAUCUGCUCUGAUACCAAAGAGGGUCAGCAAGCUGAGGGUUCGCUCCAGAGACUCGCUGGUGCUCUCAGCAUGGAGCCAGUGGACUCCCUGGAAAAAUGUAACCUGCUGAUAUUAUUCGAACACAACACUGUCUGCUCCUGCUCUUUCUUUGUUCUUACAUGUCUCAUGUCCUCACCUACUGUUUUUCACUAUGUGUUUCCACACACUGAUAGCUAAGAGAUAACACAGCACUCACCAGAAGCUCAGAAAUGCGUCUUUACGUUUUAUGACAGAAGAUCAGCAAACACUGUUAUUAAUUAUUUUAAUUUAUUCAUGCAUAUAUUUAUUAUUUAUUCACAUAUUCUAAUAUUCUAGAUGUAUUUAUAAUCACACAAUAACAUUUGCAAACACCUUUAUAGCUAUACUAUGAAAUAUGAAAAGAAAUGAAGAGAAAUUCUUUCUUGCUUAACAAAACAGCUGAUCCCCAAUUUGGGAAUUGGCAACCACCAGUGAUCAUCAUGUGAGGGCAAAUGUGAGCCCAUAGGAAAUGAAGACUCAUUUAGACAUUGGUGCAGUCAUUGUUACUUCCCAACUUACAACACAGACAGUUCUGUGAUUCAAUAUAACAUUUUAUCUACCAGCUAAAAAUGCCAAAUCUUGUAAAAAUAGGAUUCAGCAGCUUUGUCCAUUUAAGGAUUUUUGUUAAAAUCUAAGGAAAUUACAUAUGACAUCAUUUAACAUGAAUCAUAAGUGGAGGAGUUUAGUCCAGUCUGCACUUCAUACAGUUUCACACGGUAUGUUUCUUGGUUUCUUAGUUUAUUUCUGUAUAAGUGUGUUGGUGUUUCUGUGUAUUUUGGUGGUUUGGCACUGUGCAAAACAAAUGGCUAUCAAAAGCGCUUUGUGCUUCCUUCCUCAUACAUGUUCCUUCUUCCUUUAUGUGUACAACUACUGACUUGAAUUAGAAAUCCCCAUUGAAUGUAAUGCACUCAGCCCACAUUUAUGUACUUUAUGUACAUGUGGUUGGACAAAGAAAUGUGUGUACUGUAUGUUCCUAUAAAUGAGAUGAACAGAAAACAAAUCAGAUGUUUGUACUUUUAGUUACAAAUUACUAUUAUGUGGGUUACAAUGCACGAGAAAUAAAUGUAAUUGUCUUAUUUUAUCAUCA